AUGGUAUCUUCCACACCGCUAACUUCUCUCAGUAUUAUCUGUACCGUUUGUGUCCUCACAGCAUUCCUUGUGCCGUCGUCCAAAGUGUUGGUUACUGGUCAGAACUUGGAGAAAUCGCGUUCCGUAUGGGUUGAGCAAGGUUUGAUCCGUGGAAAAAUCUAUAAAAUUGGUGACAACUACAUGCAAAUAUUUCGCGGUAUUCCAUAUGCUGAGCCACCGAUUGGAAAAUUGCGAUUUCAGAAGCCUGUGAAACGUUCUCGAUGGCAGAGAGAGUAUCUGGCCGUGGAUUACGGCGCUCCUUGUUUGCAGUUCAUGGAAUUUCAUCGUUACGAUAAAUUCAGUGGACAGAACAUGGAAAAUCAGGAUGAGGAUUGUCUUUUUCUCAACGUUUUCUCACCAUACGAUCCUGAAGACGAAGGUAAACUCUAUCCGGUGUUGGUGUGGAUUCAUGGUGGUUCUUUUUUGGCUGGAUCUGGCGAUACUGGAAUUGAUAUGGAGGUAGUCGCCAAGAACUUCAUCUUCAAUGGAGUUGCGCUCGUAACGCUCAACUAUCGACUUGGACCACUCGGUUUCUUGAACUGGCAAGUCGGCGACAAGGUGGAAGGUAACUUUGGUAUAUGGGAUCAGUUGAUGGCUCUCGAAUGGAUUCAAGCGAAUAUGAAACAACUGAACGGCGAUCCAUCACAGGUGACGUUGAUUGGUGAAAGUUCAGGUGCAGCGGCUGUUUCCCUACUUGGCGUUUCACCCAGAACCAAGGGUUUGUUUACCGAUCUGAUGUUGUAG